AUUAAGCUGUGCACACGUGCCUGCAACUUUUGCACAUUCGGGUUGCGUAGAGUUGUUCGCGAAAACUAUCCCUACUUUCGGUGAAGACUCUCUCUUUCGCGGCCAUCCAGGUCCUGACCUUUCUUUUCACUGCGGGUGGUGACGACGAAUUAGGUAUUCAGUUUUUUUUUGAGAGUUUAUCUGCAGGUUUGGUUCGUGAUAAAGUUUCAAGUGUGUCAACGAGUGUCGUUGUUUGCAGUUCUUCCAUCGACCAAGAAGGUGAUCAACCAUGAUGAGUAAAGCGAGGGCAAAAAGUGUUGCAAAAUAGCGUAUUUCCCGCCAUCAACCAGCCACCCUCAAGGUCUUUGAUCUAGGUAGGUGUGCGACUUCGCGGUUCCGGUUAGGUCGAGGCGUGUUGCGUGAAUUGAGUAAUCGGUUUAACUAGUUGAUUGACACCAUCGGGCACGGUGAGGCCUGGAAGAGUGGCGCUAUCACCAAAUGCUCAACGAAUUGCACUCACAACGAAAGUGAGAUUGGACAUGAACGAGAGGAAAAGUGCUGUGAGAUAAUACGAGGUAGCUUGGAAAAAGCGACCCAAGCGAAGUUCCAUGUAAUAAUAAAUACGUGCCGCCAAUCCCUUGGCGACGUCAUAGAUUACUCAUAUUGAUACUUACUACUGGUGGCCUGGUCUUUGUGGCCUAUAGCUUUCGCGGAAAGCCGUUGUAGCCGCAUAAUAAUAAAGACAUCAUACACAAAAAUUUGUGCCAAAAGGUGAUUGUGAAAGAGAAAUUCGUGACCAACCGUUUACGAGGGAUCAGAAGAAGGCGCAAAAAAAACGCCUCUAUUGAUAGUCAUUCAGGCAUCGCGAGUCCAUACGGAAGGAAUGAUGUCAGGGAUCAGGUUGCCGGCAGUGGCGUGGCUGCUGCUGCUGCUGCUGAUGUUGAUCGUCGUGAUGAUAAUAAUUGAGCCAGUGAGUUGCAUUUAUGUGGUGGAGAAAGGUGGCCGCAAGUCCUUUGUCAAGCUGAACCCGGCGCAGUGGACUGAACCGGAAGCGGAAGAACAGCAGGGCCUGUGGUCCUCGGUGCUGGAGGAGUACACUUUGGGCCUCAACACCUCCAGCCGAACGGGUCGUGUCAUUCCAACGAUAACGGUAGGCCAAACGCAUCAGUACAUUCCGGCAUCGAGCUUCUUCAUUAACAAGCGUAUCGGGGAGGCUGUGGAGGUGGCGGCCCCGAUCGGCAAGGUGAUAGGUCCUUCCGGGUACGCCGAGAACCAGCUGACUCCACCGAGCGGCCAGAGUACUUUUACUCCGAUGCGUCAAACUUUUGGCGGAGCUAGCCCUACUGAGUUGCUUUCUUCGCCGAGGGAAGUUUCUGAGACGGAUCUGUACUUGCUGGGCGCCAUCGAGAAGUUGGUCUAUCGAGUGGAUUACAUGGAAAAUCGGUUGAGGCGGGCUGAGCAAAUAAUUUACUAUCUGAUGGCCGGGAACAAUCAAAAAGUUGAAACGUGUCCCGAUAACUUCACCAGGGUGCACGACAUAUGCUAUCAUUUUGGAGUGGAUCGCGGCCUAAAUUGGAAAUCGGCAAAUGCUUUGUGCAAAUCUUACGGGGCCCAUCUGGCAGAGUUUGAAUCCUCGUCGGAGUUUCAGGAUGUAGUUGCCUACAUUUUGAACAACCAACAGCACCGAGGUAAAGAGUUUUGGUUGGGCGGUCUCAAUCCCGGAUUGUUGUGGAUUUGGACCCAGUCGGCCAAACCGGUGAACCCAAACACAAAUCUCACAUCGAUAACGUCUGGCAAUAAAAACACUACUACGACGAAACCGGAAAACAAUACAGAGGGAACGAAGAUCGUUAAUAAACCGCAAAAACCUGCGGAACCUACCCUGGAAAUAACUGGCACCGGAAGAUGUCUUACGCUAACCUACAACGGAGCUCUCUACACGUACGGGUACAAAGGUCAAGAUUGCUCGGCCAGAUUCAAUUACAUCUGCGAGAAGAAGAACAAGGCCCUGGACAACGAGAUAAACCGCAUAGCGAAGCAAUUGGAUCUGAAUUAAAUCAAGCGUUGAUUAUUUAAGUUAUUUAUUUGUAAAAGGAAACAUAAUUUAUUAAAACACCAUCAUACUUUCAA